CCGCGCAGCCCGGCCGGCUAGUGCUGUGGUUGCACGGGAGCGCGGGCUGCACGCGUCCCCGCCGCCUGUCCGCCCCCCCGCCGCCGCUGCGCUGUCCUCCCUCCGGGCUCCGACCGCCACCUGGGGAUCCAAGCGAGGACGGGCUGUCCUUGUUGGAAGGAACCAUGAAUUGGCAUUUUCCCUUCUUCAUCUGGACCACAGUGACAUUGUCUUCCGUGUACUCCCAGUUCAACUCUCUGUCUCUGGAGGAACUAGGCUCUGACACGGGGAUCCAGGUUUUCAAUCAGAUCAUCAAGUCCCGGCCUCAUGAAAACAUUGUCGUCUCCCCGCAUGGGAUUGCAUCCAUCUUGGGCAUGCUGCAGCUGGGGGCUGACGGCAGGACGAAGAAGCAGCUCACGACGGUGAUGAGAUACAGUGUAAACGGAGUUGGUAAAGUGCUGAAGAAGAUCAACAAGGCUAUUGUCUCCAAGAAGAAUAAAGACAUUGUGACCGUGGCCAAUGCUGUGUUUGUCAAGAAUGGCUUUAAAAUGGAGGUGCCCUUUGCAGCCAGGAACAAAGAGGUGUUUCAGUGUGAAGUGCAGAACGUGAACUUCCAGGACCCAGUCUCGGCCUGCGAGUCCAUCAAUUUUUGGGUUAAAAACGAAACCAGAGGCAUGAUUGACAACCUGCUUUCCCCAAAUCUGAUCGAUGGUGCCCUUACCAGACUGGUCCUUGUCAAUGCAGUGUAUUUCAAGGGUUUGUGGAAAUCCAGGUUUCAACCCGAGAGCACAAAGAAACGGACCUUCGUGGCAGGUGAUGGGAAGCCCUACCAAGUGCCCAUGCUGGCCCAGCUCUCUGUGUUCCGGUCUGGGUCUACCAGCACCCCCAAUGGCUUAUGGUACAACUUCAUUGAGCUGCCCUACCACGGUGAAAGCAUCAGCAUGCUAAUCGCCCUGCCAACCGAGAACUCCACCCCACUCUCUGCCAUCAUCCCUCACAUCAGUACCAAGACCAUCGAUAGCUGGAUGAACACCAUGGUACCCAAGAGGAUGCAGCUGGUCCUGCCCAAGUUCACGGCUGUGGCACAAACAGAUCUGAAGGAGCCACUGAAAGCCCUUGGCAUUACUGAGAUGUUUGAGCCAUCAAAGGCAAAUUUUGCAAAAAUAACAAGGUCAGAAAGCCUUCAUGUCUCUCAUAUCUUGCAAAAAGCAAAAAUUGAAAUCAGUGAAGAUGGAACCAAAGCUUCAGCAGCAACAACUGCAAUCCUAAUUGCAAGAUCAUCGCCCCCCUGGUUCAUAGUAGACAGGCCUUUCUUGUUUUUCAUCCGACAUAAUCCCACAGGUGCUAUUUUGUUCCUGGGGCAGAUAAACAAGCCCUGAAGAUUAGACAAAAGAAACCCACGCAAAGCAGAAGACGACUCAGUUCUGAAGAAAGACUCCCUCCCCCACAUCUUCCAUAGUUCUGUUAAAUAUUUUUGUACACUGCUUUCUUUUUUGAAACCGGUUCAUAGCAACAGUUCAGUGACGCAAGUGUUUCUGGUCAGGGCUGUGUCAGAAGAAAGGGCAGGAUGGCUGGGAUGCUGUAGUGAAGAACGAACAGGAAGGCUUCAAGAUGUCUAAAAGAUUUCCUUAAACUACUGAUCAGUCACCUAGAUUAACAACCCCCUUGAGGAUUUGCUGUCUAUCCAGUUCAGGAUUUUUGUUCCGUUUUUGUUUAUAUGUGUGACUUUCCAGGAGAAGUUUAAUCAGUGUGACAGGAGG